AUGGCACCAAUAACCCCGGUUCACACAGAGACCAAUAACGACGAACCGCAUGAACAUCUGCAUGAUGAAGAUCCAAUUGAGGAUGAGGAGGAGGAUGAGGAAGGCUCAGAGAUAGACCCGGCAGAAAGAGAACAUCUUGCGCAUCACCAGAUGGUAGAUGAGUUCCUGUCUCCCCUUUUGCUUGACGAGGCCAUCCUGUACAAGCUCGCACGGCGCUUUUCUACUGUGUAUCAUCACCUGGUAUCGACAUCAGAGCAGCAGUUCCACCAGACACCAGUAACCAGGUUGCCCAAUGGGAAUGAAACUGGUCAAUAUCUAGCAAUUGACGUCGGAGGGAGCAAUCUGCGAGUUGCUUUUAUUGAAUUGCUAGGGGAAGCUGCAGAUGCAACCAUUUGCUCUACAGAUGCUUCUGAGGGAUUCUGUGAUGCAAUUCACAAAGCACAGAGGCAACGUGUACGGUGCACCUUAGAGAGGGCAUGGCCCAUCCAGGAACAUUUGAAGCUAGACAAGGCAGAAGAUUUAUUUUCUUGGAUUGGAGACUGCAUUGCGGAAGUAGUAGCUGAGAGUUUAUCCUCAGAUACAAUGAAAGGUAAUGUUCCUAAGGAAUUGGAUAUGGGAAUCACCUUUAGCUUUCCUAUCAUGCAAGAAUUCCUUCCAGAAGCCACUUUCAUGCCCAUGGGCAAAAGAUUUGCCAUCAUAUCUGACCUCAACCUUUGUAAGAUCAUCUCGAAUGGAUAUGAAAAGCAUAUGAGACGGCUAUAUGAGGAUGAUGAGCCAUUGAGAAAGUGUCACAAGCUCUUCUCCUUACCAAGACUCAAUAUUGCUGCCAUCACCAAUGAUACUGUUGCAAUGCUGGCAUCACUUGCUUAUGCUGUGAAAUCCCUGCCCAAUAGUCGAGUCGCCAUGGGUAUCAUUGUGGACACAGGAUGCAAUGUAAUGAUUCCCAUGAAAUUCAGUGCCUUGCAUGAAUCCAAGGCCAAGCAUAUGCACUCAACUAGUCCUGACGCAGAGCAAAUUAUUGCAAACACCAAAUGGAGUAUUUCAGGAGCAGCAUCACUGUUGAAGGAGCUUGAUAUCAUCACCAAAUGGGAUGCUAAAUUGGAUUGGACAUGUGCUCAGCCAGGAUUUCAACCAUUUGAGAUGAUCGAAGGUCAGUAUAUCGGUGAACUCAUCCGCCUCAUCCUUCAUGACUAUCUUACAAAUCUUGCUGGAGUCCCCAAGGACAACCUCCCUGCUACUCUACUCCAACCUUACACCCUUACCACAAGUUACAUCUCUGACAAUGUGGCUCAUGCACGGUCAGACCAGGACCUUGCCAAUGAACUGAAUCACUCCCUGUCCCCAUCUGGAAACAGCCAAUGGAGCUGGAAUGCAAUGUCUGCAGGAGUCUUCCGCAAGAUCGCCAGGACAGUCCAACGCCGGUCUGCUGGUCUUAUAGCCGCUGCCAUUGUUGGACUGCUAGCAUGCAUGCGUGAGAUUGAACUAAAGGUUGAUAGCAAGGAGAACUUGCUGCAGACCUCCAAUGCUGCUAUACAGGAAUACAACAGCAAUGCACAUCCGUCCAAACAAGGACCUGAGGGCUCUACCAUCCAAUCUCCAUUUUGCCCUGUCCUCACACCACCCCCAGCGGACUGGCAAUCCGGUCCUGAGGAGCUGGUCGUUGCGUAUACGGGUGGCAUCAUUCAGAACUACCCGAACUUUAAGGAAACAUGUCAGCAAUAUAUCGACCGGCUGAUUAUGCGGACAGGGCCGCAGAAGAGCGGGAAGUCGGUGUUUUUGCGGGAGGCCUUGGAUGGCGGAGUGAUUGGUGCUGGGGUUUUGGCAGGGAUGGUGGUGGACAGUUGA